UUAUAUUGGUGAAUUUAAGAGUAGACAUGACAGAUAGAUGAUUGGACACGGUGACUGACAGCAGAGACUUGUUCAGUAUUACUGAUAGUGAAGAUUGAGUAGAAGUUGAAGAGUACAUGUAAAAAACUUGUGAAAGUCAACUUCAGGAGUUUUGAAUAUGCUGAAGUAAAUUUGAGUAGGACCAACAAAUAUCUGGUGCGCAUUUCAUAUCUUUCACUUGGUUACUGUUGACGUCACUUACGUCUGAUGUGUGCUGUACGUCUGAUGUCAUCCGUACGUCCGUGGCACAUGGCAUAUUGAUACGGAAGAGUUUAUGACACGCUUCACUGCAUUUAUUCUAAAAUUUAGACAUUUUUAUAUCAAUAUAUUUCAACAAAACAUAUUAAUAUUAUUGGAGAAACAUGAUGAUCAGUUGCUGCUUCCUCUGUAUAUUUGUAGUGCUGAUAAACAAAGUGUGUCUGCAGGUCACAGUAGAGGGUGUUAUUGGUGGUUCUGUUGUCCUGCCGUGUUCUUCAGCUGAACAUGAUCUUAAACCUGAAGACAUUAAUGUGCACUGGAGACAGAAUGGCAGAAUAUAUGUUUAUGACAUUAUUGAACGCAAAGAUUCAGUGGCAAACCAGCACCAACGAUACAAGAACAGAAUCAAAACUUUCCCUGAGGAGUAUGUGAGAAGAAAUUUCUCCAUCAAACUCACCGGUCUCACUCACGCUGAUGCAGGAACAUACAUCUGUCACAUCACACCCUCAAAUGAACAAGAGACUGUGCUGCUGAUCAUCAACGACUUUUUUAUUGCAGAAACAACAACAGAAAAAGUAACAAAAACCACUGAUCAAGAAAACCAAGAAGAAACCAGACCAGACAGUGUUGGGAAUUCAUGGCUUUUGAUCCUGGUUGGCACUCUAUUACCCAUACUGUUUAUACUUUUCAUUGUAAUUAUCUUUAGACAAAAGAUCUCAAGCUGCCUUAUGUCAGACAAUAUAAGCAAGGGUCGUACCAUGGUCAAGAUCCAGAAAGCUAAGAACAUUGACAAAAUGGUCAAUGUAACAUCAGUGGUUCAACCGUAA